UGCUGCCUCCUUUAUAACACCACAGAAGAAGAGGCUGCUUCCUGUGUAAAACCACAGAAGAAGAGGAGCCAGCGGCAGCGGAGGAGUCUUCACGUCGUGAUCGGAGAAAAUAAUCCCAGCUGAUCCCCGCGGAGGAACACGCGGCGUAUGGAUCCUCGGUGAGGCGGCGGCCAUGCAGGCGAUGCUGCAGGAGCGGAUCGGCGGCGCCCAGGCGCUGCUGGAGCGCGUGGAGCAGCUGUGCCAGCGGCAGCCGGGCGGCGUGGAGGGCAAGGCCAAGCUGUGCGGCAAACUGCGGGCGGAGCUGCGCUUCCUGAGCCGCGUGCAGGCGGGGCGGCUGCAGGUCAAAGAGUCGCACCUGCACAGCACCAACCUCACUCACCUGGCCGCCGUCGUGGCGUCGGCCGAGAGCCUGGAGGGCGUGUCCGCCGUGCUGCGCGUCUUCGCCUACGAGGACGCCGCCGGCGCCAAGCAGUCGCUGGUGGUGGACGUGGUCGCCAACGGAGGCCACACCUGGGUGAAGGCCAUCGGCCGCAAGGCGGAGGCGCUGCACAACAUCUGGCAGGGCCGCGGGCAGUACGGCGACAAGAGCGUCAUCAGCCAGGCGCACGACUUCCUGCUCGCCAGCCGCCAGCAGCCCGUCCAGUACAGCGACCCCCACAUCGUCUUCGCCUUCUACAACGGCGUGUCCAGCCCCAUGGCCGACCGCCUCACGCAGCUCGGCAUCUCCGUGCGCGGCGACAUCGUCGCCGUCAACAGCGUCGAGACACGGGAGGAGGAGGAGGAGGAGGAGGGGGAGGAGGAGGGGGAGGGGGCAGGGAUUGGGGCGGAGGCGGAGAGCAGAGCGGCGGCCGGUGAGGAGAGAGAGGAUGACGACGACGACGACGACGAAGAGGCGGAGCCCGGCCUCACGCGGGUGGACCGGCACACGGUGGUGGCCAGCCUGGCGUUCCCCACGCAGCUGAAGGUGGAGGAGUGUCGCCGCGUCAACCUGGACAUCACCACGCUCAUCACCUGCGUGUCGGCGCUGAGCCACGGCCGCUGCCAGCUGGCCUUCAGGGAGCAGGUGCUGACGGAGCAGGCGGCUCAGGAGCGCCGCCAGCAGGUGCUGCCCCGCCUCCACGCCUUCAUGCAGGACAAGGAGCUGUUCGCCUGCCGCUCCGCCGUCGACGACUUCCAGGUGAUCCUGGACACGCUGGGCGGGCCGGGCGAGAAGGCGCGCGCCCGCCAGCUGCUGGGCCGCCUGCGCGUGGUGGAGGACCGGCCGUCGGAGCGAACCCUGCGCCUCACCGCCAGCGCCAAGGUCAACCGCCGCUCGCUCAUGAUCUUCGGCACCGGCGACUCGCUGCGCGCCGUCACCAUGACGGCCAACAGCGGCUUCGUCAGGGCGGCGGCCAAUCAGGGCGUCCGAUACAGCGUGUUCAUCCACCAACCCAGAGCGCUGACUGAGGGCAAGGAGUGGAGGGCCACGCCCGUCUGAGGGGCGGAGCUACUCACCUGGGGAAGUUAUUUGUGUAAAUCAGCUGAUGGAUCAGCUGAUGGGUUUGUGUUUGGGUGUAAAUACAGGAAGUGUUUUGUUGGUUCUUCAGAUGAUGAUGUCACUUUGCAAAGUAUCAAUAAAGAUCGGACAUCAUCAGCGUUGGUGUUCAUUCAGGCAGACCAGGUGCAUCAUGGGAGUUACAUGAAACUAUCAACUAUAAUUAGAUUACCUGUUGAUUUGAUUGAUUAUCUUUUAAACUAACUGAUUAGUAAUUAUCACAUGACUGAAUAUUCUGUUUAAACAGCAGGGGGCACUGUUGUCAGUUUGAAUGGUUCUGUUUUCCUUUUAUUAUUAUUAUUAUUAUUAUUAUUAUUAUUACUUUAUUUGAAUGAUUCAGUUUACAAACUGCAUUUGGGAACAUUAGUUUGUAUAUGAAACUGUACAGAUCAAAACAUACAUACACUUCUCCUGUCGCACAUGUAAACAACGUGUACAUAUCAAACAAAAAACAUCUGUGUUGUGUAACAGAACUGGGCCUUUUAAAGUAUCAAAAACAAGAUAUAAUCAAAGAACAAGCAUCGGGGGUUGACAAGACAACAGAAAAAGUUAUGCACAUAAACAACAAGGACUGAAAGUUAGAGACUUAGAGUUUCACAUAAAACAUCUGUGCACUGGUUUUCUUCAGGUAACACCUUUGAGGAUGAUAAAUAACUUAAUUUAAUUCUUAAAACAAGCUAAAGAGGGUUUACUGUUCUUCCAUUUAUUCUUAUGUAUAUGAUAUUUACCCAUGAUGAUAAUUAUGUUUACCAUCUUUGAUACCUUCUUUGACAGACCAUCCAUGUAAAUCAAAACCUGAGUCUUAUUAAAGGAAGGAUUGAUGAUCUCAA